GAUUAGGGAACAGAAAAAGAUGGUAAGGAGUUUGUUAGGUCUGAAACAAGCAAAGUUGCUUCAUGUCUUAUUAAUCAUGCUAUAUGCAACUUCUCUAAUCUCUACACGGAAGAACAGACAGCCACAUUGCAAAACUCCACGGCUCCAUCUCUUUUGCAACAACCAAAACAACCCAGCCAACCGAGAUUUCCGUGUCUAAUUGAAUUAUAUCUGCUGCUGCAUUCCUAUUUGGAUUGAAGGUACCAGGCACUGUUUUGCCAAAAUGAUUAUUGGGGGUGACUAUUUUGAAGGUUCCCAUGAUCAUAGUCUCAUGGCAGGAUCUUUGAUCCAUGAUUCUUCUCAAGCUCCUAAAUGCAACGGCAACACAGAUAUCGAGCUACAGAAAUUCAAAGUGCCCUCGUUUUCAUCGGAAAUUCUUACCAAUUCGACCAAUCUUUCCUCUGAAGCUGCAAGAGCAAUCAACCACCUUCAGCAUCAACUAGGAAUUGAUUUGGAGCAAGAUAUGCAACCAGUGGAAACUGCGACCUGGGAUGCUUCUAUCUGCAGUAUCCAAGACCACAUCAUCAACAAUCAGAUUAGUGAAGAUCCACAAAACAUAUUGGUGGAACAACAGAUUCAACAGUAUGAUGCUGCAAUUUAUCCAAACAGUUCUUACACACCAGCGCCUGAUCUCUUAAAUCUUCUCCACUGCACUGUGGCUCCAGCAUUCCCUACAACAACCUCUGUCUUUGGUGAUACAUCACUGAGUAGUACCAACUAUUUGGAUCUGAAUGGUGAGUUUACAGGAGUGGCAGCGACUCCUGAAAGUGGUUUGAUGUUCACUAGUGAUUCAGCCUUGCAGUUAGGGUAUCAUGCUACCCAGUCUCAUCCACUAAAGGAUAUCUGCCAUUCAUUGCCACAAAAUUAUGGGCUGUUCCCCGGUGAAGAUGAAAGAGAAGUCAUGAUUGGGGUUGGAAGUGUGGGAGGAGAUAUUUUUCAGGACAUUGAUGACAGGCAAUUUGAUACUGUACUGGAAUGCAGAAGAGGAAAGGGUGAGUUCGGGAAGGGCAAAGGAAAAGCUAACUUUGCAACUGAGAGAGAGAGGAGAGAACAGCUAAAUGUGAAGUACAAGACUCUAAAAGACCUCUUCCCCAAUCCUACCAAGAGUGACAGGGCCUCAGUAGUAGGGGAUGCCAUUGAAUACAUAGAUGAGCUGAAUCGGACAGUGAAGGAACUGAAGAUCCUAGUGGAACAGAAGUGGCAUGGAAAUAAGAGGACAAAGAUAAUAAAGUUGGAUGAGGAGGUAGCUGCUGAUGGUGAAAGCUCAUCGAUGAAGCCAAUGAGGGAUGAUCAAGACAAUCAGUUCGAUGGGACCAUAAGGAGCUCCUGGGUUCAGAGGAGGUCGAAGGAAUGCCAUAUUGAUGUCCGUAUAGUGGAAAAUGAAGUAAACAUCAAGCUUACUGAAAAGAAGAAGGUCAACUCCCUGCUUCAUGCUGCAAGGGUUCUUGAUGAGUUCCAGCUUGAGCUCAUCCAUGCGGUUGGAGGGAUUAUUGGUGAUCACCACAUAUUCAUGUUUAACACUAAGGUAUCUGAAGGCUCCUCGGUUUAUGCUUGUGCAGUGGCUAAGAGGCUCCUUCAAGCAGUGGACGCACAACACCAGGCCAUUAACAUAUUCCACUAGGCUUUAGCAACCAUAGUAACUAUUUAAAGAAGUUCCUAGUUUAUCCCUCUCCUGUAGUAGUAAUUUCCUGUUUGUUCUCUCUGAGAGCAAAGUUAUUAGAUCAGGCUUGGAGAGAACUUUGUCUUUACCAUUAGCUAGCUCGCAGGCAAAACUGAAAACUUGGCCAUGUCCCAACUGUUUACUGUUAUCACUUAUCUAGCCUGGCUAGAAAUGCUUU